AUGGGAGAAAGAGCGAGAAUAUGCGCGAGUGAACGGCUCCUCGUCUGCGCGCUGGUCCUGGCGCCCGCCCUCUCCUCCGGCGCCCGCCUCGGCAGCGCAGGCGUCUCCAGCAACUACCUGCCUCCCUCCAGGGGCUCCUCCUGGUCGAGCGCGGGAUCCUUCGGCAGCAGGCCAUCGGGGGGAUCCUUCGGCGUCGGGUCCAGCUUCUUUGGAUCAGGCGGUGGAUUCUUCGGUGGUGGAUCGUCUAGCAGUUCCUUCGGCGGUGGAUCAAGUGGAGGAUCCUUCGGCGGUGGAUCAAGUGGAGGAUCCUUCGGCGGUGGAUCAAGUGGAGGAUCCUUCGGUGGUGGAUCAAGUGGAGGAUCCUUCGGGGGUGGAUCAAGUGGAGGAUCCUUCGGCGGUGGAUCAAGUGGAGGAUCCUUCGGUGGAGGAUCCUUCGGUGGUGGAUCAAGUGGAGGAUCUUUUGGAAGUGGAUCGAGUGGAGCAUCCUUCGGCAGCGGCGGCGGUAGUGUCCUUCCAGGCGGCUUCCUUCCACCUUCCAUAUCUUUCAAUGGUGGAUCAUCUGGUGGUGGAUCGUUUGGGAGUUCAUCCAGUGGAUCCUUCGGGAGUGGAUCAACUAGCGGCUCCUUCGCUGGAUCUGGAAGUGGAUCAGGUGGGGCUGGACUCUCUAGCAGCUACCUUCCUCCUGCAGGGAAAUAA